CAUUUGAAGGAACUGAAAGUAUCGAGUUUUAUUUAUUAUUAUAUGUCAUCGCUAUAAAUGAUAUUACAUUUAAUUACACGGCGUUAAAGAAUAUUUAUAUAAACAACAUGGAGUUGCAGCAAUCACCUGAGGUCGAUGAAUUACAAGAAAGAGUCAAACUUAGGCGAGAGGCAAGAAGAAAGAAAAUACUUGAGAAUGCCAAAAGUCGCUUAGAAAAAUUAAGCAUGAAGCAGGGUGGAGACGGUGACAGUGGUUUGGUGCACCAACAUUCUAGUCAGCAAUUACAAGAGAGCUGUGAAUAUUCGGAUCCAGAAGUUGAACCAGAUAUUCCAGAAACUUUGCAGAUGCCUUUUCAACAAUUUGAAAACACAUUCAAAGGGUUUGAAAGCAGUUUAAAUCAAGAAGCUACACAAGAAAGAGAAAAUCCGUUCUUAAAAUAUAAAUUGCAUGUUGUGCUAGCUGUGACAGUUGCAUAUAUUACAUCUUUGGUGCUAAAUGAAAGUGAAGGAAAGACAUUUUUUGUGAUAAUACCAGUUGCCUUGGUUAUUAUAUCAGAUCUUACAAUAUUUCGGCAACAAAAACAGCGUAACCCAGUGCUCAAUAUGCUAGUUAUAUUUGGACUACGAUCUCAGGAAAUCGUAAACGCAUUGGAUGUUUUCUCAAAAUUACAAAACAUUAUGGCAGAUUUAUCAAUUUUCAUUUUUUAUUUUUGCUUAGCUACUUGCUUUGGUAAUCAAUUUGUACACCUAGCUGAUAUUAAAUAAAUUCAUGAUUGUAAAAAUAAAAACAAAGAACACUUGUCAAAUAAAAAUAUAAUUAAGUGUGA